GUCCCAACACAGCGUCACCUCUCCACUCUCCCUCGCCAGGUAGACGUGCACCCACCCACCGCCCAAUCUGCGGAGAGAGAGAGAAAGGAAAGCCGAAAGGAACCGAACGCCCGCGUUUGAUGCCCGUGAUGCCGGAGUGGACGCCGCUGAGUGGGAGGCGGGGCUCGCCUCUGUGGACCGUGACCCGCUACAGCACUCUGAGGCAGCUGGGGGACGGCACGUACGGCAGCGUGCUCCUGGGAAAGAGCCGCGACACCGGGGAGCUGGUGGCCAUAAAGAGGAUGAAGAGGAAGUUCUAUUCCUGGGAUGAGUGUUUGAAUCUGAGAGAAGUGAAGUCUCUGAAGAAGCUGAGCCACGCCAACGUGGUGAAACUGAAGGAGGUGAUCAGGGAAAACGACCGCCUCUUCUUCGUCUUCGAGUACAUGGAAGAAAACCUCUACCAGCUCAUGAGGGAAAGGGAAGAUAAGAUGUUUUCUGAACGUGAGAUAAGGAACAUUCUGUUCCAAGUGUUGUCGGGUUUAGCGUUUGUGCACAAACACGGGUACUUCCAUCGGGACAUGAAGCCGGAGAACUUGCUCUGCAUGGGCCCAGAGCUGGUGAAGAUUGCGGAUUUUGGACUGGCAAGGGAAAUCCGCUCCCAGCCACCGUACACCGAUUAUGUGUCCACGAGAUGGUACCGAGCCCCCGAGGUUCUGCUGAAGUCCAGCUCCUACAGCUCGCCCAUCGACAUCUGGGCCGUCGGCUGCAUCACGGCGGAGCUUUACACCCUCAGACCGCUGUUCCCCGGCAACAGCGAGGUGGACGAGAUCUUCAAGAUCUGCCAGGUGCUGGGCACGCUGAAGAAGUCGGACUGGCCCGAGGGCUACAACCUGGGCGCCUCGAUGAACUUCCGCUUCCCAAAGUGUAUCCCCACCGGCCUCAGAUCGCUGGUCCCCAACGCCAGCGAGCAGGCGAUCGCGCUGAUGAAGGACAUGCUACAGUGGGAUCCCGAGAAAAGGCCGAGUGCCGCUCAGGCUCUGCGGCAUCCGUACUUCCAUGUUGGCCAGACGCUCGGAGCUCCUUUGAAGAACUCGGAGCAGCACGAGGCCCAGACAAAGAGGUCGGAGCCGAAGCCGCUGUCCCCCUGCGGGACAGACCCGGAGUCCGGCGGGCCGAGCGAAGCCCGGACGGGGUCACGGACCUCCGGCCGAUCUCUGCACCGGCCUCUGCAGGAGAUCCCCCUUCCUCAGAACCGCAUGGAGCCGAACGCACAACAGCGAGCCACGGCGGGGCGGCAGGAUCCUCUCAGCCUGGGGAAACUCAGGCAGCCACUGAGCUGGCACCACCGAGGAGCAGCCGCCGGAGCGGAGAACAGCGUAUCCGGAGUCAGGACUGGACGGAGACGAUGGGGCCAGACGUCUUUCAAGUCCGUCGACAGCUGGGACGACGGCGACGGCAACGGCGACGACGACGACGACGACGACGACGACGACGUGGACGCUGGAGUUUCCAUCUCCAAGAAACCCACCAGAAGCUCCCUGAGAGACAGGACACUCGAUGGACACAGCUGUCGAUUUCCAGAGUCAAAGAGCAAUACAGUGGCAAAGUUACCAAGCAACACGGGGCUCAAGAGAACUGACUCCACGUCUUUGUCCGCCAAGCAGCACUACCUCCGCCAGGCCAGGUAUCUGCCAGGCAUUAAUCCCAAAAGAAACUCCUCAGGAGUAGGAAGCCAGGCGACCGGCAGAAACCUGUGGGACGACCCGGGCCCAGCCAGAGGACAGCGCCCGGGCUUCCCCCUUGACAAAGAUGCCAGUCUUCCCGAGCUCACAGCUAAGCAGCCUGUGAAGGGAAAGGCCCUGGAGGACGUUGAUCUUUCCAAAGACUCAUUCGUGAGCAGCACCGUCAGCAGGACGUACAAAUCCCCCUCUCAGAGGACCGAACCGGGAGCGGCCCGACAGAAGACCAGACUGGCCCCGAUUGAAGGCGUCUCUGCGAGCGAGUCCGACAGUGUCAGCCCGCAGACAGAAGAAUGGGCGAGUCCGACGGACUUUAUAGUUGAUCUGUCCUCAACUGCUGACCUGAGAAUUGACUCCAAGAUCAAAACGAAGAAGAACACGCUCUCUCUAAACAAACUGGCACCCUCAAAUGAAGAGUACGGAGGGUGGAGGAGCAGAUCUGUGAAUCCUCAGUUCCCCGGAUCCAGCGGCGGCGGCGGCAGCUCCUCUGUCGGCAGGAAAACCUUCUCACGCAGCACCAACGCCCAGCCGGUGCACGGACGGGUCGACUGGGCCGCCAAAUACGGAGGUCACCGGUAGUGAGGCGCGGCGGCGCGACGCUGCUCCACCAGAGACUCCUGCUGAACUUUGACCAGGAAAAAAACACACAGAGGUCAAGAGGAAACAGACACACAACAGUGUGCAGUAAUAUCCCACUACGUUGUUGUCACAUUUGCCACGUUAUGAAAUAUUGUUCGGUGUUGUACAAGUGGGUCAUGACCCACAAAAAUUAACCAAAGUGGUUAUUUUUGUAUUUAUUUCACAGCAGAAGAGAAAGCAGAUAUAAAGAUUUAAGCUUUAAGGUGUAGCAAAGAUAAUCCUUCUCAUUAGAUUAAUUUAGCAAGCAGAGCCCCUAACAUUUUAAAAACAACCUUUAACUAUAACCAUUUCUGUGUAUUUUCCAAAAUACAUAACAUUUUUGAGUCAUACGUUUUCCUUAUACAAGUUGUAUUGUCCAAAGACAUUUUUCAAUAAAAAAAACAUGUUUAUUGUUUUAACAGAAGAUUUUAAUACAAAAUCACACAGAAGGGAA